AUGCCUAUGAUGAAGUCCGUCCGCUUCCACGGACCGCAGGACGUCCGUAUCGACGAUGUGGAAGAACCGAUUUGCGGGAAAGGUCAAGUCAAAAUGCGGCCUGCCUAUGUUGGCAUUUGUGGUACCGACUUACACGAGUACAUUGGUGGCCCGGUGCUGAUCCCACAGAAACCACACCGGAUCACUGGCUCUGCAUACCCAGUAUCCAUUGGACAUGAGUUCGGAGGGAUUAUAGAAGAAGUCGGUGAGGGUGUGACGAAUGUUGCUGUUGGACAGCGCGCUGUUGUUCGUCCGACGAUCUUCGAUGGAACCUGUACCCCUUGUAAGCAGGGAUAUAACCACUGCUGCGAGAAUAUCGGGUUCAUAGGGCUGAGUGGAUAUGGUGGAGGGAUGUCCGAAAAGAUUAUGGCACCAGCAGGACAUUUCUACCCAAUUCCAGACAAUGUCUCAUUAGAAGCAGCCGCAUUUAUCGAGCCUCUUGCUGUUGCCUGGCACGCAGUCAAGAUUUCGCUGUUUAAACCCGGGGACUCGGUACUCGUUGUGGGCGGUGGUCCGAUCGGACUUGGCUUAUUACAAGUGCUGAAGCUCCAAGGCGCCAGAAAUAUAAUCGUGGCAGAACUAAUGGAGAAUCGCAAAAAGCUCUGUCUACAGUAUGGCGCAACGCAUAUGGUUGAUCCAAGGAAAGAAAAUGUUGCGCAGAUGACCCGAGAGUUAACCAAUGGAGUCGGCGCAGACAUCAUCUUCGAUACGGCUGGCGUGGAGAAGGCACUCCUAGAUGCGAUUCCAGCUUGCCGCACUCAAGGAACAAUUGUCAAUAUUGCUGUGUGGGAGAAACGCCCGUCCUUCCCUGUAAACCAGCUGAUGUACAAUGAGAUCCGGUAUGUGGGUGCAGCAUUGUAUGAUGAAACGUCGUUUUUGGAUACAAUUCAAGCCUUGAGCGAUGGUAAGUUGCGCAAUACCUUGUCCUAUGAGCUUGUUUUCGGGUUUUCUUUUUCUACUUCUGAUAUAACAUGGCUCUUUUGA